CGCAGGUACCGUCUGGCUGGGGGCGGCUCGGCUCGGCUCGGCUCGGCUCCGGGCGCGGUGAUCGGGGCGGCUCCGGGCGGACGGGCAGCCGCGCAGCAGCCUUUGCCUGCCGAGGCCGGAGGCAGAUAAGGAAGACUUGGUGGAGAUCCUCUGCAGACAUGGCCAUAUUGAAGUGCGGCUGGCUCUGGAGACAAAGCUCCAUUCUGCGACGCUGGAAGAGGAGUUGGUUCGUUCUGUGGGUGGACGGCAGCCUCGUGUACUACCACGACGACUCCGGCCGCGACGUGGACGGCCGGAUCAACGUCAAAUUCAACUGCAGGGAUGUCCGGACCGGGCGGGAGUGUCGCGACAUUCAGCCUCCGGAAGGGAAAACCCGCGAGUGCCUGAUGUGCAUCGUGCAGCGGGACGGGGGCAAAACCACGCUGUGUGCGGAGAGCGAAGACGACGCUGUUGCUUGGAAGAUGGCGAUCCUGGAGGCAAAGGCAACCCAGGUUCACCUGUACGACCCUUACGAUGACUAUUACCAGGCGGUGCCCCUGGACUCGCACCAGGCGAUGUACGUCAGCUCUGAGUACUAUGGCAACCUGUAUGGAGCCCCCGGCAUGACCCACGUCGUCAUCCGCGAGGACCCGUACCGCGUGUCUGGGGACCAGAUGGCGCUGGGCCUGCUGGCGGGGGCGGCCAGCGGGGCGGCCCUGGGAUCGCUCAUGUGGAUGCCCUGCUGGUUCUAAGCCCUGCUCUCCUGCGACGUCCAGCCAAGCCCGGUUGCCCGGCCGAGGAGACGCGUCGC